AUGAAGUCCCUCAUCUGGACACUUGCUGGCUCUGCCGUAGCCGUGCCCCUUGCGUCCGACUCAGGCACAAAAGUUAUUGACAUCCCCGCAGUUAAGACUCAACCGCCCCGUAGUAAUCAAUCCGGUGCGGUUCCUCCGCUGGUCAACGGUGCCACGACUGGGGUAACCACCCACGGUCCCUACUCUGGCACCCCGACCACCACCGGCGCUGAGCAGUAUCCCUCCACGGUGGCGGCGACCAUCCCCAUUCAGCCCAAUCCGACCGCCACGUACUACAAUGCCAAUGGCAAGCUGACCGAGCCCAUGCCCAUGCCAUACAUGCCCGCGGGCGGUGUGGGAACUAACGGCACCGUGCCCGUGUACAUGUCCGUCGCCCUGGGAGUGCACCAGGAAUACAUCGAGCUGGGCCUUUUCCACUACGGUCUCGAAGUCUUCAGCGAGCAGGACUUUCUCGAUGCCGGUCUCACUGUCGAGGACCGCCGCCUGAUCGAAUACAUGGCCAUACAGGAGGCUGGCCACGCCACGCUACUGAGCAACAUGCUGGGUGAGUCCGCCCCACGACAAUGCACGUACAAUUAUCCUUUCAAGACGGUCCGCGAGUUCAUCGACUUCAACGUCAAAGUCACCCGCUGGGGUGAGACCCAGUCCUGCAUCCACAACAAUGUCACGGGCUAUAAUUGCGGCCCCGCCAUUUCUCGCGACAAGUAUGAACCGCUCACAUUCCCCGGACGCAAAGUCGAGCUCACCUGGAAUGACCCAGGUCGUGCUGUGGGGCCGAAUAACAGCUACGUCACCUCAACGACGGCGGGCCAGCCCUCGUUCGUGGCUUGGUUGUCGCAGUUGAGCUUGACCUAUACCGAGUUGACUGCAACCGGACAGAAUAAGGGAUAUACCUAUCAGCCGGCGAGUGAGGUGUUUGAGACGGAUCCAGCCCUGAACGGUACGGCUUUUAUUGCGAUCACGGAUACGGAUAUGUUUGCCACACCGUACAACCUGACCAUGUUGAAUCCGCAUAUCCGUGCUUUGGGAUUGUACCAGGCGGGUUUGAUGUAA